CAGGCACAGCCAUUCUCAGCAACAACACCCACCCUCGACACCUUGGACGAAGACGAAACGAAAGGCAGUACUCAUACCAUCAGCGUCUAUUACGCUUCUCAUGGGCUAAUUGAACGCUCCUCUUUGCAUCUUCACCCGCUAGUCGCUGUCGCAUUUCGAUUGCUCUCCCACCGCCGAUCCACCGCCGACUCGAACUUCAAACCAAAAUGUUCGAAAACACUUGCACGCUGCCUCUCCAGGCGGACGUCUUCACCACCGCCCUCCACCCCACUGAGCCUCUGCUCACGGUUGGUUUGUCUAGCGGUCAUGUCGAGACGUUCCGAUUGCCGCCUGGCAACUCGUCCGACGAGAGCGCCGACGGCGACACCAGCGUGUUGAGCGAUGGUAAGGGCAUGAUCGACACCAUUUGGCGAACGAGGCGACACAAGGGAAGCUGUCGCUCGGUGGUAUAUGCCCAUGAUGGUUCAGCCAUGUUCUCUGCCGGGACGGACUCGCUUGUCAAGCACUUCGACUCUGCGACUGGGCGCGUUCUUUCCAAGCUCGCGAUCCCAACCACUACCACGAUGCCCGAUGCCCCGACCCUGCUUCAUGCUCUCAACCCCCAGAGCCUCCUGCUCGCAACCGACUCGGGCGCCCUGCACAUCAUCGAUUUGCGCGACGGCGCUCCUGGAAAGAAGCCUGCGCAGACCCAUUUUCCCCACGCCGACUACGUUUCCUCCAUCACCCCUCUGCCCCCCACCAAGGAAAGCACCAGUGGAUUCCCGAAGCAAUGGGUCAGCACUGGUGGAACGACUCUCGCUGUUACCGAUUUCCGACGGGGUGUCCUUGUCCGCAGUGAGGACCAGGAAGAUGAGCUGCUCACCUCCUGCUUCGUCCCCGGCAUGGGACCCAAGAACAACCGCAACAACGGCGUCUUGGCCAUUGGAUCCGGCUCCGGCGUGCUCACGUUGUGGGACAAGGGCGCAUGGGAUGACCAGCAGGAAAGGAUCAUUGUGGAUGGUGACAAGAAGGGCGGCGGCGAGAGCAUCGAUGCCGUAGCCCUGGUGCCGCAGGACCUGGGAAUUGGUAAGAAGGUUGUGUGCGGUGUUGGUGACGGCAGCCUGAGAGUCGUUGAUUUGGUGCGACGAGAAGUUGAUGUUUCUAUCAACCUUCGACACGACCAUAUGGAAAGCGUUGUCUCGCUUGCGUUCGACUCCGAGAACCGGCUGAUAAGUGCGGGCGGAAAGACAGUCAAGCUCUGGGAAGAGCUGUCGGAACUCCAAGCCAAGGAUAGCGACGAAGAGGAGGACUCGGAUGACGAUAGCGAAGAGGAGGAACAAGCUGGCAAGCGCCCCGCCGAGAGCGACAGCGAGAGCGACGACAGUGACGCUGAUAGAGUGGAGGAGAUGAAGCGCCGGGCAAAGAGGCGCAAGGAGGUGCAGAGCAACAAGCUGGGGCCGAUGGGCGCUCAUGGAAUUAUGGGAUUUGAUGGCUUGGACUGAACGAAUCUAGGGGAGGAGAAAACCUGGACGGAGGACGACGACUCUGUGAUACCCUGGGAUGUCGCAACUUGAUGAUUCCACAACUACGAAAAAGAUGAGAGACUUUAAUACUGAAUAUAUGAA